UAACUCUGGAUAGAAGAUCUGCGGGGAUUUAUCCUUUUGGGGUUUUUCAUACCUCACUGGGGUCUACCUUAUGCACAGAGUCCGAACUCAAAAGCGACGGGGCAGUUGGUGGCCUUCCCUCGUAAGUCCUGUUUCUUUUUUUAUACUAUUCAUCGUCCUCACUGCUCAUCUUUACGUCUUCAUCACUCUAAAUAUGUUCGCAUUCCAUCAUUUUGUUAAAGAUUGAGGAUUUGUAAUUUAUGUGUACACUCGGUACCGAGAAAUCAUAAAAUUAUAAUAUUAGCUUGAGAAAUACAUUUACACCGCUUAGUCAGCAAAAGCAUUACAGAUGCAAGAAGAAAAUCAUGCAAAGUGGUUGGGCCGGGCCAGAUAAAUUCUACGUUUAGUCGGGCCGAGCCGGGCUUGAUCCGGAAACUUUCAGCGCCAGGCCGGGCCAAAAAUAUUCGGCCCGUGUGGAUCUCUGGUACACCCGGUUCAAAAAAAGACUUAACAACGUUAUUUGUUAUUAAUUUAAAUCAUUGUAUUGAUUGGUCGGUGCUUUCGGAUACAGACGAAGUAUUAGAGCCAUUAUUUUCAGUUGAUUUAGAUAAAUUACGAAAGCGGAUGAAUGAAAAUGUGGACAAGAAAAUGAAAGAAGUAGCAGCAAUUAAUCCGUAUGCUAGUAGAAACGGACAAUUAUUAUUCAAAGAAAUAAAAAAAACAAUGAGUGAUGCUGUGUCAUGGGAUAAUAAUGAUAUUGUUGUUAAUAAUGUGCGUAUUGUUGAACCGUAUGAUACACAACACAUUAUCGCACCGAAUAAUGAAACGGCUAGUAUAGAUAUCAAUACACGAAAUCAUGUUCAAAAAAUGGUUGCAAGAUUUUGGAAAGAGAAAGGAUCAAAAAAUCGUGACAUUAAUGAUGCUUCCGAGUCAGUCACAAAAGACAAUAGGAAAAUGAAUGGUAGUGGUGGUGAUGGUGGUGGUGGUGGUGGUGAAACAACGAAAAAUCUAGGACUUUCGUCGAACCAAUAA